AUGGGUUUGUGUGGAGUCAUUUCUGGUAAUGGAGAGGAUACUGCAAAGAUGGCUCCUACUUGGACUUCUGCAAAGAUUACCAGUCUUAAUGCCAACUACUGCCAUGUUGGAAGCAUAGGUUUUGAUAGUGUAACUGCAAGUUUAGCGCAGUUACUGAGAACAUCACAACCUCAGAAGACUACAAGUCUAGAAGCGUACUGUGUGGAAACAGAAACCAAACAAAUGACAUUCUUCAGAUUCUGGUGGCUUCUGUGGAUACUUGAACACCAUGAGUUUCUAGCAGAAAAUCUCAGGGAAGAAAAGAGAUACGGAUUGAGAAGACCAAAACCUAAACACAUUCUGUCAAAUACUGUAGAAAAAUAUCACAGCUCAAGUGAUCAAGAUGAAGAUUGCAUUCUGGAAAUUGGCUUUUUACUGGACAGCUCUGAAAGCGCUAAGGACUAUAAUCACGAACAGCAGAAAAAAUUUGUACUGGAAACAACAGACAGAAUGAAAAAUCUGCAGCUUAGUUCUGGACAUACCAUUAGCUGGAGGAUGGCUUUACUUCAAUACAGCAGCACUGUUUUCAUAGAGCAAACUUUCCAUGACUGGAAAGGUCCCGAGACAUUCAAAUCCCACAUUACUCCCAUCACCUACAUAGGUCAUGGCACCUACACAACUUAUGCUAUCACUAACCUCACACAACUCUACAUGACUGAAGGGACUCCAGGUAGUGUGAAAGUAGCCAUGCUCUUCACCGAUGGAGUGGACCAUCCAAGAAACCCAGACAUUUUUGCAGCCACAGCUGAUGCUAAACACCAAGGAAUUGUAUUUUUCAUAAUGGGAAUGACCAGAGUGGCUGAGGAGGUUAGCAAUGCUGCCAAGCUCCGGCUCUUGGCCAGCGUCCCCGCAUCUAAGUUUGUUUUCAACCUUGAGGAAGAAGAAACUGUGGAGAACGUUCUCAAAGAGAUGAAGGAUCUGUCUGAAAAAGAGUGUCCCCAGGCUGCCACAUGCAACUGUGAGAAGGGAGAAAGAGGCCUUCCUGGCCCUACUGGUAAAAAGGGUCGCAUGGGGGAUGAUGGAGCUCCAGGCCUAAAAGGAACAAAGAGGGAGCCAGGUCUCAAUGGAAUCCCAGGACAAGAUGGACUGGAGGGGAAAUCUGGAUAUAAAGGAGAGAAGGGUGAAAGAGGUGAAUGUGGAAUCCCAGGGAUAAAAGGAGACAGAGGUCCUGAAGGUCCAGUAGGUCCCAGAGGAACAAGAGGGCUACAGGGUCCACAAGGACAAUCUGGAGAUCAAGGGCCUGAAGGCCUGCAAGGAUCAAAGGGUGAAAGAGGUCUCCCUGGGCCACCUGGGUUACCUGGAGAGACUGGAAUAGGACUGCCUGGCCCAAAGGGUGACACUGGUUUGACCGGAAGACCAGGCCCUGUUGGCCCACCCGGAAUUGGUGAGCCAGGACUUACGGGGCCUCAAGGACCACGAGGUGUUCAAGGAGAAAGAGGUUCACCAGGAGAAGGUCUUCCAGGAGCAAAGGGAGACCGUGGGUUUGAUGGACCAAAAGGCCCUCGUGGACUUCCAGGCAUGAGCAUAAAAGGUGAAAAGGGUGAAUUUGGUCCCCCUGGUUUACCUGGGCCAGUUGGAUUACCUGGAAUUGGAAUUCAAGGAGAGAAGGGAGUGGAAGGCCCAAAAGGACCACCUGGCUCCAGAGGGUUACCAGGACAGGGACUACCUGGACCAAAGGGUGAACAAGGCUUGCCAGGAGAGACUGGAGUGCCAGGAGAAAGAGGUGUUGGAGAACCUGGUUCUAAGGGUGAGCCAGGCCCUUCAGGACUAGCAGGUCUGCCUGGUCUUCCAGGAGAAGAUGGAGGCCCUGGACAAAAGGGUGAACCAGGGUUACCUGGUCUUAGAGGUCCUGAAGGUGCUCCAGGGAUUGGAAUACAGGGGGAAAAGGGAGAUCAAGGCCAGAGAGGAAUACGUGGAUUAACAGGACCAAUAGGAGUAACUGGACCUGCUGGAGCUAAAGGAGAGCCUGGUGUGCCAGGACGUCUUGGAAUGCCAGGCCCUCCUGGAAGAGCUAUACCUGGACCAAAGGGUGACAUUGGGUUACCUGGUGUUGCUGGCCCAAUUGGAGAACCAGGUUUUGGGCUUCCUGGGGCAAAGGGUGAUCGAGGUCUUCCAGGACCCCCUGGGCCCUUUGGGCCAAAAGGAGAUGGUUAUCCUGGCCCACCUGGCUUGCCAGGACUUCCUGGGAUUCCUGGUGAACAAGGCUCAGAUGGAGUUGGACUACCAGGACCUAAGGGUGAUCCUGGUAGUAGAGGACCAGUUGGCCUCCCAGGUCCCCCAGGAGAAGGCCUGCCAGGACCAAAAGGAACCACAGGACGCCCAGGGCCACCUGGCGCUCUGGGACCUCCUGGUGAAGGUAUUCAAGGAAUUAAGGGGGAACAAGGAAUUCAAGGAAUGACAGGACCACGAGGACCCCCUGGAGAAGGGCUUUUGGGACAGAAGGGAGAUCGAGGAGCUACAGGUGAAAAGGGGAAAAAAGGAGAAAAAGGUCAUGUGGGUGACCCUGGUUUAUCUGGAGAACCUGGCAAAACUGGACCAAAGGGAGAGCAAGGCCUAACGAGAGAAGAUAUCAUUAAAUUAAUUAAAGAGAUAUGCGGUUGUGGUAUUAAGUGUAAGGAAAUUCCUAUGGAGCUUGUAUUUGUGAUUGACAGCUCUGAGAGUGUGGGACCAGAAAACUUUGAGAUUAUCAAAGACUUUGUAACUGCUUUAGUAGACAGAAUAACCAUAGGCAGAAAUGCUACCAGAAUUGGCCUUGUCUUAUACAGCUUAGAAGUUCGGCUAGAAUUUGGUCUCAACAAGUACACAACUCAACAAGAUAUUAAGCAAGCAAUUAGAAAAAUGCAAUACAUGGGAGAAGGCACUUACACAGGAACUGCUAUUCGUAAAGCAACCCAGGAAGGAUUUUUUGGUGCUCGAGGAGGAGUGAGAAAAGUAGCUAUUGUGCUAACAGAUGGCCAAGCAGACAAGAGAGAAGCUGUAAAACUUGAUAUUGUUGUUCGAGAGGCUCACACAGCAAACAUUGAAAUGUAUGCCAUAGGAAUUGUAAAUACUUCAGAUCCAACACAAGUUGAGUUUGUGCGUGAACUAAAUCUGAUCGCUUCAGAUCCAGACAGAGAGCACAUGUAUCUCAUUGAUGACUUUAAUACCCUUCCAGCUCUGGAAUCCAAAUUAGUCAACCAAUUUUGUGAAGAUGAACAUGGUACCUCAAUAUACAACCACAAUGGAAAUGCGGCAAGCCUAAGUGGAUCACAUUUCCAUUCAGUAUCUUCAAGUUCUUUACAUAACAUACUUCAGAAAAACAAUGUUAACAGACAGUCACUUUCAGCACAGACACCUGGAGUAUCUACAACCAAAGUACCUCCCAUGGUAGUAUAUGAUGCCUAUGAAAAAAAACAAGAGGAGGAGCAGUCAUCUUUGCUAACAGUGGACACUAGAGUUGUGGUACCAUUAUUGCCAUCUAAACCAUCAUCAGAUAAAGUGAUGACAUCAUCUGUUUCAACUGCAGAGCUCACACCAAGACCAGAAAGCAUCCUGGACUUACGGUGCAAGUUAAGGCUGGAUCAAGGGCCAUGCCGCAUCUAUAUGAUAAAGUGGUAUUACGAUAAACAAGCCAAUGCUUGUGCUCAGUUUUGGUAUGGUGGCUGUGACGGAAAUGCAAACCGCUUUGAGACUGAAGAGGAAUGUAGACGAGCUUGUGUAUUUUUUUCCAGAGGAUCCCGUUGGUAUUUUGAUGCAGCUGUCACUGAGGACCGUGAGGACUCAGUGACUGCGGGGAUAGACGUGUCCGGAACCGCAGGCUGCGGCCCUGAGGGACGCCUCAAGGGUGGAAGGGAGUCAGGAGGGUCUGACUGCCCAGAAUUCGGUGAACCACUGGUCUUGUUUCUGUGGUCUUGUUUCUGUUAA